CGCCCCCGGCCCCCAGCGGCGGCUUCCGCAGCGUCGCCGGCAGCGGCCCGCGCCCCCGCGCGCCCGGCCCGGCGACCCUGCGCGUUGGAGCCGCGCCCCCGGGAGCCGCAGUGCCCAGCGGCCUGGGGCCGGCGCGGAGCGCGCGGGGAGCCGGCGGGGAGCGGGCGCAGGUGAGCCAGCGCCAUGGGGCAGGCGGGCUGCAAGGGGCUCUCCCAGUCGCUGUUCGACUACAAGACCGAGAAGUACGUCAUCGCCAAGAACAAGAAGGUGGGCCUGCUCUACCGGCUGCUGCAGGUCUCCAUCCUGACCUACCUGGUGGUCUGGGUGUUCCUGGUGAAGAAGGGUUACCAAGACACUGACACCUCCCUGCAGAGCAGCAUUGUCACCAAAGUCAAGGGUGUGACCUUCACCAACACAUCUGAGCUCGGGGAGCGGCUCUGGGAUGUUGCCGACUAUGUCAUCCCACCCCAGGGAGAGAACGUCUUCUUCGUAGUCACCAACUUGAUCGUGACCGCCAACCAGCGUCAGGAAACCUGUGCUGAGAGCGAAAGCAUUCCGGAUGCCUGGUGCUACACAGAUAAUGACUGUCCCCCUGGGGAGCCUGUUGUGGCUGGAAAUGGAGUGAAGACUGGCCGCUGCCUGCGGGUGGGCAGCAUGCAAAGGGGCACCUGUGAGGUGUUCGCCUGGUGCCCCGUGGAGACAAAGCCCAGACCAGUGAAGCCACUGCUGGGCAAGGCUGAAGACUUCACCAUUUACAUAAAGAACUUCAUUCGUUUCCCCAAAUUCAACUUCUCCAAGACCAAUGUGCUGGACACCAAUGACAGAUCUUUCCUGAAAUCCUGUCAGUUUGGCCCCAAGAACCCCUACUGCCCCAUCUUCCGACUGGGGUCUGUGGUCAGCUGGACGGGGAGCAACUUCCAGGAGAUAGCUGUGCAGGGUGGUGUGAUAGGAAUUCAGAUUGAAUGGGAUUGUGAUCUUGAUAAAGCUCCUUCUGAAUGCAACCCUCACUAUUCUUUUAGCCGUCUGGACAACAAAUUUUCAGAAAACUCAAUCUCCUCUGGGUACAACUUCAGGUUUGCCAAAUAUUACCGAGAUGCUGCUGGAGUGGAGUUCCGCACCCUGAUGAAAGCCUAUGGGAUCCGCUUUGAUGUGAUGGUGAAUGGCAAGGCAGGGAAGUUCAGCCUCAUCCCCACGGUCGUCAACAUUGGCUCUGGGGUGGCGCUCAUGGGUGCUGGGGCUUUCUUCUGUGACCUGGUACUUAUCUACUUCAUCAAGAAGAGCCACUUUUACCGAGACAAGAAGUACGAGGAAGUGAGGUCAGUGAUGCUUCCUCCCCAGCAGUGUGAGGGGACCCUUGAGGAGCCCCCUUGA